AUGGUGGUGCUGCCCAUGGAACCUCUGGACCUAGUGGAGCUUCUAGAUUAUUCCAACAAAUGGAUAGUUGUCGUCAAGGCUCCAGUGUACUGCAACUACACCUUGCUGCAGGGAAGUGGAAGGACCCUUUUCAUAACCCCCUACGAAGCCUGUGAUGUCCGGAUAGUGAAUGAGCACUACAUCCUGACCCUCCGCUACACAACUUCUGGACAACAAGCUUAUGUUCAGAUGCAAUGCCCAACCGGUGCUGUAGUGCCCACAAAACCCCCUCCCUCUACAACCACUCCUAGAAAACCAACAAUACCCACUGCCUGCAGAGCCUCAGUCAUGACAAUAGAGCUGCCUGAAGGACCAAUUGAACAAGUAGCUGUGAUGGAUAAAUCCAACACUCUGGUAACUGUCCAAGAUGAUAGCAGAAAGUGUGGCUACAGCUUGGUGCAUGGGAGAGGAAAGAACAUCUUCACAGCCCCUUACACAGCCUGUGAUGUCAAGAUGCUGAAUGGGAAUUAUGUCCUGACCCUAGUAUAUGUAACCCUUAAUGAAUCCAACAACUUGGUAGCUGUUAUCGGUGCUCCCAAGACUUGUGGCUACAGUUUGAAGGGAAAUGGCAAAAACAUCCUGACUGCUCCUUACAAGGCCUGUCAUGUCAAGAUCCUGGUAAGCUGA